UCCUUUACGUGAACACCCAAGCCAGCAGACAUCGAGCGCAGAGUGGACUUUGUAUGACACAGAAGAAACAUCAAGAUGCCUGGAAAAGUUAAAGGUCUGAUGGACCGCCUACGUGACGGCGAAACAGUGGUCAUCGCGGAGGGAUAUCUUUUUGUUUUUGAGCGACGUGGUUACUUGAAGGCCGGAGCGUUCGUACCGGAGGUGGUUGUGGAAUACCCGCAUCUAGUUCGCCAACAAUACGAGGAGUUUUACAGGGCAGGGAGUGACGUGGUUUUGGCUUUUACGUACUAUGCUCACCGUGAAAAAGUGUCACUGAUUGAACGUGAGUCAGACAUUGAGAAAAUGAAUAGAACAGCACUGCGCAUGGCCAGAGAGGUAGCAGAUCAAACCGGAUCGCUAAUGGCUGGAAACAUCUGUAAUAGCAACAUAUACGAGCCAAACAAUCCGGACAUCUCUGCGAAAGUCAAGGAUAUGUUCAAGGAGCAGAUCGAGUGGGCUGUUGAGGAAGGCGCUGAUUUCAUUCUCGCAGAGACGUUCAGUGAUUUUGGUGAAGCACUGCUAGCAUUGGAAGCAGUCAAAGAAUACGGCAAAGGUCUACCUGUCAUUGUCAACUUGGCGUGGCAUAAGAACGAAGUUAACGGUCGACCGGCCACGAUUGACGGAGUAGAGAUCUGCGAGACUUUCAAGAGACUGGAGGCGGCUGGUGCUGACGUGCUUGGCCUGAACUGCGCCCGUGGUCCAGCAACCAUGCUCCCGCUGAUGGAAGAGAUCCAGAAAUGCAUCAAGACACCAUUGGCUGCCAUUCCAGUUCCAUAUCGUACCACAAAAGCAGAACCCAACUUCCAAUCUUUGACCGACCCGCUGUCUGGCGUCCGGCUAUUUCAUAAUGAUCUGGAUGCUGCAAUGUGCAGCCGCUCUGACAUCAAGGAGUUUGGCAAGCGUUGCAUGGAGCUGGGCAUUCAGGUCGUGGGUAUCUGCUGCGGUAACGAUAGUCACUACACUCGCACGCUGUGUGAGACACUGGGCCGCGAAGUACCAGCCUCACGCUACAGCACCGACAUGUCCAAGCACUACUUGUUCGGGACCAACGACAAGCUCUCCAAACGCUUCAUAAGCGGAGAAGGGAAACAGUACACAACCUAGGCAGAGAACGCCAAGAAGAAAGAUGAAAACGCUUUCUGCCUUUAACAUGCAUAUUAUAUAAAUGAAUACUAGCUUCAGGUUUGGUCAUAAAAUUCUUGAGUUUCAGUAACAAGUUACUUUCACUUAAUACACAUCAGUCCCUAGUAUGCUCACGGCUUGAGAAAUACAUGUAUUAUGCAGAGUCUUGAUUAUUUCAGUCAGGAAAAUCCUUAAUGCCGCUUUUGACGGAUAGAAGUAUUGACUGCCUGUAUAUCAAGGAGGAGACGAUGCUUUCCAUAGUGCACUUAAUAAUAAAAAUAAUACAGAACACUUAUAAUGCACCAGUAUCCGCCAAAAACUGACGCUCAAUAAAAAAAUGAAAUUCAGGAAAGCGUUAAUCAACAAUAUGCCUACUGAAAGUAGUGGGUCUUGAGGGCCACUUCCAUUUUAAACACUUCAUUGGUCGUCAACGAAGGAGAUUGUGUUUAAUAAUAUGUCACCUUCUGACGUCUUGACUAAGUUACACAGGCAAAUUGUCUUUGCCACGAUUUUAAAUCAAGAUUUGUAGUAUAAAAAUCACAGAAUGAACUUGUGCUAUUGUUUUCUGGCAUAUAGGCGAUAAUUCGAUAAUGAAACGUGUUAUAUCAAACAGACUAGAUAUGCCAUUUAUUGGCAAGAUCCUUUUAUGAAAUCAGUUUCUACCAGUGCUUAUAUAAUCUCUUUUCUUGCUUAUUUUUCCUUUCGGUGAGAUUGUUUCUGAACUGCGUAGCCUCGAAAAUAUUGGAUGAAACAGUAGAAGAGAGAUGGAAUUUUUGUCAAGAACAGCCAGCGAAUCACGGCUGAUUUUCUGUCGAUACUGAGGAAUAGUGACACCGGGUUCAUGGGCUACUGGUGAAUUAGAAUCUUGCCCAACCGUACUCUUGCCGAACCGUACUAUUCCCGAGAUUUGAAAAUAGGUCAUGAGCAGUUCGACGUAUGAAACAGGAGCGACUACCCAUGUAGAGCGUCGAAAGAUCGACUCAGUGUUGGAGUCGUUCGGCAAUGACUAUGUGCAACGCGUUGAUUUUGGGCGUGGCUCUUUUCAUGAGCAGAACUCAAGUGAAAUUAUGUAAAGACAUGGUAAUUAGGAGAUUUGAACCGUAGUCGCACAAUCACCGACAGCUCGGUCUUAUUAUGAUGCCAAAGUAUAAGCAGAGAUGAAUAUAGGUCCAGUAAAUAAUAUGGAUGAUGUAACUGUAUGAUUUUCAUUGCACUACUGUUGUGUGUAAAAAGUAAGAAUGAUGCCUAUCCUCUUCUUUGUUCUUUUUGUUUUUACAAACGCAUUGCUUCGUCAAUUAUUGCCUAAUUGUGUCGCUUGCCGGUUUUUGUGUUUAUUUUUGUGCACAGAUUAUGUGUACGACAAAUUAUGCAUAAUUCAGGUAUUGUUUGUUUUGCUUCAGUGCCGGCUUCAUGUUAUAUUGCAUUUGCAGAUGAUUACAAAAAUGUGUCCCAAGGAGUAUUUCAUCCAUGGCCUUGGCAUAGCUUACUCGCUUUCAAGUCUGUGUGACUUCUAUCAUGUAAUCUUUAUUGUCAUUAACAUUCAUAAAGCAACUAUUAGGUUUGGUUUUAUUGCGUUUGCAAUAGGUCUUAGGCAAGGAUUACCUUUCGGUCAUUUUUUUUUUCUUUUUGCCAAGGUACGGCAGGCACGGUUCAGGAGGAAUAUGGGGGUCGACCCCCCCUUCUAACACAAAAAAACCAGAAAGGUAAAAAGAAAAAAUGGGGGAAAAUAACAAAAAAGUAACUGAAAUAAAAUGAAAACAAGAUAUCAUCCCGUAGAUUCUACUCAUGUGUCCAUCAAUACCAUUGUAAACAAUUUAUGUCAUAUAAUGU